UACAGCGGAGAACCGCACACAGCCACUUAAAGGAGAAGACAACAUUUGGAAACAAAUGAGAAAGAAACGCGCUACUUUCCAAAGAAAUUGCUAAAAUGCUGUGGAAGUGAUUUGAAUGCAUCGACAAAUCGAGAAGAUACGGAAUACGUGUGUAUGGAGUAACUGUUUGCGUUGCCUAUAUAACGAGCUUUUGGGCUAACAGGCUAGCACAGUUGUCGCUAAAACAUGGUGGGCAGACACUGAGCGAGGGGGGAAAAAAACUCUAGACGCGCUCAAAUAUUUGUGGAUAAUGCUAGGGAAUUAAUUCGUUUGCUGUCUUUACUGCUCAUAGGGAAUUGUGUGGACUUGGAAAUUGCUUUUUGGUUUUGUUUUCUUUUCUUGGAGGAAAACUCUCGCGCACGGCCGUUGAAAGUUUCGCGUUCUGACGUUUCGCGCGAGUUAACCAUCCAUCAGGCUCCGCCAGAAAAGAUGAUUGAUGUAUUCCGUACUUGACCGAGAAUGCACAAGAAACGAAGAGUUUCUCACCAUAAGCGCAACUCUUGCGGCAAAGUUACCCGAUUCAGAGCAUCACACCCUCAUCCAUUCAUUUAACAGCAUUCGCUCGUGAAAACAAUGCUCGGUAUAGGCUGCAGGAACUGAACCUGGAAUAUUGGAAACCGUAUCAUGGAUUAUAUGGAAUACAUCUGUGUCUAAUUAAUGGCACUUUCCUUAUGCGUUAGGUUUACAUUUGGACUAGUCCAUGAAAAGCAACACAUGGUUUGCUUUCAACUCAGUUUAGAAGACUUACAGAGAAAAUUACAUGGAGACUAGUUGGUCAUGCCAAGGAAGGAGUUACCAUUGCCAGAGGGUUGGGAAGAGGCCCGAGAUUUUGACGGGAAGGUCUAUUAUAUAGACCAUAUUAACCACACCACCAGUUGGAUUGACCCAAGGGAUAGGCAGACUAAGCCGCUGACUUUUGCAGACUGUAUUGGAGAUGAGCUGCCUGUGGGAUGGGAGGAAGCCUACGACCCCCACGUUGGAGCCUAUUAUGUCGACCACAAUACCAAGAGCACCCAGUUGGAGGAUCCGCGGGCUCAGUGGCAGCGGGAGCAGGAGCUCAUGUUGCGGGAUUAUCUGAACGUGGUUCAGGAAGCAUUGAGUGCCCAAAAGGAGAUCUACCAGGUCAAAGAACAGCGACUUCACCUGGCCCAGCAGGAAUAUCGGCAGCUAAAUGAUGCUUGGCGGGACAAGUCGUCCUCACAGACUAGCUUAAAUUCCAGGUCCUCAUCAAGCAGUAAAUAUGACCCUGAGAUCCUCAAAGCGGAGAUUGUUACAGCAAAAAGCCGGGUAAAUAAGCUGAAGAGAGAUUUGGCCUGUAUGAGGCAAGAACUCCUUUAUAAGGAGCAAGGCUUUGAGACGUUGAAAGAAAUCGAUUACAAAGUGUCCAGUGCCUCGCAUGGCUACAAACUACAUGAAGCCCAGGCCAUCCUGAAGGAGGUGAAGACCAUUAAAGAUGCCAUCAGCUCUGGGGAGAAAGAAAAACAGGAGCUCAUGCAGAAACUGGCUGUGCUGAAGGAUGGUUUCCAGUUAGAUUAUGGUUCUCAGUCUGACUUGUGGGCCAGCAAUCCGUCCUUGGCCAACUCAAACCUCUCUCUCCCCCGCCACUACUCCGAUGCCGAGUCUCAAACAGAUGUACCUGCCGAGUUUGUAUCAAACUCAAAUAAACUGGCUGAGAAGGUACGACUGAGCCUGAAAUAUGAGGAGGCAAAAAGAAGGAUUGCAAAUAUUGAGGUCCAGAUUGCCAAGCUGGAUAGCGAGGCGUGGCCAGGCCUUCUGGACCCGGAGAGAGAUCGCCUGAUCCUCAUCAAUGAGAAGGAAGAGCUGCUAAAGGAACUACAGUAUGUAACGGCGUGCAAGCGCGCACCCAGCGAGGCAGAGAAGAUCGAGUCUGAAAAGAAGCGACUCGAGAAGGACCUGCAAGCUGCACGGGACAAUCAGAGCAAAGCACUGACCGAGAGGUUAAAGCUGCAUUAUAGAAGAAACAAACUAGUGAAGGAGCUCGAAGAGACAGUGAGGUUGGCGUCUUCCCUGCACACCCAGCUGAAAAGUCUGUCAGCCAGCACGCUAUCAUGUUCCUCAGGCAGCAGCCGUGGAUCGUUGACUUCCAGCCGAGGAUCCCUGGCCACCUCCAGCUUGGGCUCCACUUCCUCUCUCAGCUUCACAGACAUCUACCUGGAGCAGCCUGAACUGGGUGACCCUGACUUCCAGAACAAACUGGACUCUAUAUUGCAGGAGGGAAGCACCUCUGGCUACAGGCCCUCCAGCUCCAUCACCACCAUCCAUGAGAACGAGGUCUCGUCCUCCUCCAGGCAAGUUGGCAGUGGGCCGGGGAUGGGCCAGAGAACCCAAGUACUGCGACUGUCAGAGACACCUCACUCCAUGAGCUCACUGUCCCCGCGUUCCUCGCUUUCUUCCCUCUCUCCUCCUUGCUCACCCCUUGUUACUGAUGCUUCCUUCCUGUCGGGAGACGCCUUCUCCGGUCCAGCCUCACAGUUGGAUUUAGUUCUGCAAACCAGGCUAAUGGAACUACGGUUAGAAGAGGACCACCAACAGGGUGCAGUAGAGUCUUUGAAAGAUGCUGUUACAGAAACAAGGAUGUCUGGGCCAGGAUCGAAGAAGGCAGGAGUAACGUCAGCCGUGUCUGACGAAUCAGUAGCAGGCGAUAGCGGGGUAUAUGAGCCCUCAGAGAAGAGGUCGGGGCUUCCUGUUGAGCAACAGCUGGGUUAUGAUGACGGGAGCUCAGCAAGUAGUUCUCAGAUCAAACUCGGUCUGAAGUAUGAAGCGAAAGAAAAGAAGUUCACAGUGUUCGUAAUGCAGCUCUCCAACUAUAGCGCACUCUCCCUGCCAGCCAACCAGAACAUAUAUGUCCGUGUGGUGGUACUGCCAUGCUCAGAGCCCGUUCGCUGCCUCUUCCGCACCCACGGGUCUCUGCCGCAGGAACCCUUAGAGUUUAAGGAAGCGUUUAGCCUCCAGAUGUCCUCCGCUGCUCUCAGACAGAAGACUCUACGCAUUGAUGUCUGUACCACCAGCAAGUCUGGUCGAGAGGACUGUCUAGCUGGUGCUCAGAUCAGUUUGGCUGAUGAAGAGUAUUCAGAGGAGUUGUGCACCAAGUGGUACAACCUCCUCAAUUGCACAUACAUGCCAGUGGAUGGAAAUCACAAGGAAACAGAGGUCUCUGCUCAGCAGCAGCUGACUCCAGCUCCCAGCACCUCAGAGAGUACUGUUGCACACCUGGAGAAUGCUCCUCUGGAGGACUGCACCGCAGAGGCUUUGGAUGGUGACGUGUUUGUGGAUGAAGAAGGUAGUGAUGGUGAAGAGGAUGAGGAGUUCUACCCCGAAGACUGCCAGUGGGAACAGGCGGAAGAGCCAGUUAAACCUGGACCAACAGCUGUCAUAACGGAAAAGGUGAAUAAAGAGACAAGUGUGGAUGGUCUCCUGCAUUCUGCUUCUGUAGUUCGGCCCAAGGAGCGGCGCCAUGAUGUCCAUCAGCGAAACCCUUUUAUGCGAGGAAACACCAUCAUCCGGUCCAAGACAUUUUCCCCUGGACCUCAGAGCCAGUAUAUUUGCAGGAUCAACCGCAGCGACAGUGACAGCUCCACCCUGUCUAAGAAAUCUCCCUUCGUCCGGAACGCCUCAGAGAGACGCAGUGUUCGAAUGAAGAAGCCGCAGAUGCAGGUCAAAGGUCUGGAUGGGCUCCUGCGCACCUCUCUGGAUCUGGAGCUGGACUUGCAGGUCACUCGCACACGGCACAGCCGACUGCACGAGGAACUGCGUGUGUUGCGGGAGCUAAAGGAGCAGUUAGAGAGCGCCCGGCAACAGGGCCAGCAUGUCCUUCCCACAUGGGUACAGGAGGACGAGCGCUUCCGUCUGCUGCUCAAACAUACAGAGAGACAGACCCAGGAAGAGCAGCUACAGGAACAGAGGGUAGAGAAGAUGAUGCGAGCAGCAGCUAAGGAUGUGCACAAGAUUCGUGGACAGAGCCUUAAGGAGGUUCCUGGGGUCCAGUCCUUUAGGUGGGCAUCUGUUGCUACCUAUCCAAAACACUGUUUCUGA